CCUGCAAAAACUAACCUAUAUGAUGCGUUUGAUGUUGUUGUGUCAAUAAAGUGAAUUUUUAGUGAAAAAUAAAUAGUUUAGAUUUACUACAAUGCCGCCGCCACCACCGCCAGGACAAAUGGGAACUGGGACCAUGCCACCACCACCCAUGGGGCCGCCUGGGGCUAUACCGCCGCCGGUUACUUCAUCUAGCGGUCCUCCAGCAGUUCCGCCUGCGAUGCCUCCUACGAUGCCUCCUGCUAUGCCUCCUACAAUGCCACCUGGUAUGGGGCCGCCACCAGGUAUGAUGGGAAUGGGUCCUCCUCCUCCUGGGAUGGGACCACCGCCUCCACCAGGAAUGGGACCUCCUCCGGGUAUGGGAAUGGGGCCACCUAUGGGACCUCCCGGUAUGGGACCACCAAGAAUGCCUCCCAACAUGAUGCGUGGACCUAACAUGAAAGGUAACUUUGGGAACCAAGGAAUGGACAUGGGUCCACCUGGGAUGGGUCCACCGCCAAAUAUGCCUCCUAUGGGUUGGGAGGGCCAGGGACCUCCAGGUUGGGGAAGACAGGAUGGUCCACCAGGUUGGGAUGAUCAUGGAGAGGAAGGAGAUGAAGAUGAAGUUGAGGGAGAUGAAUCUAGUGGCAUGCAAGGACCUCCAUCAAGUUUGCCAUCUCUAUUGACCAUGAAGAUUGAUACUCCUGAAGAGUUCAGGAACAAGCCAGUUGGUGUUGGUGGUGUUGUGCUUCCUAAAGCAUUAGAGGAAGCUCUAGCUUACAAGGACCAGAGACAGGCUGCUCUGGGGGAUGAAACAGAUGUACCAAAAGAAACUGAAGAAGAACCAGAAGCUCCCCCAGCCCCAGUGAUCAGUACAGAGUAUGAUGCAGAGGAGGAUGAAGGAGACUCGGAUGAUGAUAACAUUCCGGAUGCACCACAGCCACCUAUCAUCUCUAAAGGAGAGGGCACAGCAAACAAAGCUAAUAAAAAUAAGAGAAAGAAGAAAAAGAAGAAGGCAGCCAGACAGAAGAGGCGAGAGGAAUCAAAGAAGAAAGAUGAUGACACCACUGCAUCAAGCCAGGAUGAUGGCAAGAAGUCCAGUGAUAAGGAAAAUGAAAAAGAGGUGGAAAUUGAAUAUGUGCAAGAAAACAUUCAGUUCCAUGAAUUGGAGCCUAUGUACCGCCAGUUCCAUCGCAUUCUCGAAGCGUUCAAGAUCACGGAAAAGAAGGAUGAUGCUCUCAAAGAGGAAGACAAGGAUGCUCCCAAACCUUCCAAGCCUCAGGAGAAGGUGCAGGACCAGUUUGCUGCUGAUGAAGAGGCAGUGGAGAAAAAUGCUGCGGAUGAAAAGGAAAGGCUCUCAAAACGUAAAUUAAAGAAGUUGUCGCGGUUGUCUGUGGCCGAACUCAAGCAGUUGGUGUCUAGGCCUGAUGUGGUUGAGAUGUAUGACGUCACAGCUCGUGACCCCAAGCUACUGGUGCAGUUGAAGGCGCACAGGAACACUGUGCAAGUACCACGGCAUUGGUGUUAUAAGAGAAAGUACCUGCAAGGUAAGAGGGGUAUAGAAAAACCUCCUUUCGAUCUUCCGGACUUUAUCAAGAAAACUGGUAUCAUGGAAAUGAGGGCCUCCCUGCAAGAUAAGGAAGAAACAAAAACCCUCAAAGCCAAAAUGAGGGAGAGGACCAGGCCUAAACUUGGCAAAAUUGAUAUUGACUACCAAAAACUUCACGAUGCAUUCUUCAAAUGGCAAACUAAACCUCGGAUGACAAUCCACGGCGACUUGUACUACGAAGGCAAGGAGUUUGAGACCAGACUGCGUGAGAAGAAGCCCGGUGACCUCUCCGAGGAACUGAGAACUGCACUCGGCAUGCCUGUCGGACCGGGCUCACAUAAGGUGCCCCCACCAUGGCUAAUUGCCCAGCAGCGUUACGGCCCGCCCCCGUCCUACCCCAACCUCAAGAUCCCCGGCCUCAACGCACCUAUACCUGAGGGUUGUGCGUUUGGAUACCACGCCGGUGGUUGGGGCAAACCACCUGUAGAUGAGACUGGUAAACCGCUGUACGGAGAUGUAUUUGGACACCAGAGUAGCGGACAAGAUGAUGUGGAAGACCUAGAUAUAGAUAGAACGAUGUGGGGAGAACUGGAGUCUGAAUCUGAAGAAGAAUCAGAAGAAGAGGAAUCCGACGAAGGAGAGAAGCCUGGCGAGGGUGACAUGGCGGCGGGAGUGGCGACCCCUGGCGAAGGUCUGGUCACUCCGCUUGGCAUCAGCUCCGUGCCACCCGGCAUGGAGACUCCUGACACUAUUGAGCUUAGGAAGAAGAAGGUUGAAAGUGAUAUGGAAGGUGGUGACACGCCAGCUCUGUACCAAGUGUUGCCAGAGCGGCGCGUCGGUCUGACUCCGGGCAUGAUGGCCUCCACACACGUGUACGACAUCAGCGCGGCCAACCCGGGUAAGCGAGCAGCCCCAGCAGCUGCAGCAGGAACAACGAGUGAGAGCGGCGGCGGAUCCGCCAUGGGAGGAGUGGAGGUAGCGCUGGAUCCGUCCGAGCUGGAACUGGAGCCCGAGGCAGUAGCUGCGCGGUACGAGAGACAUCUGCGGGAGACACGGCCCAAGGCACACGAGGAUCUCUCCGACAUGUUGGCUGACCACGUCGCUAGGCAGAAGAACAAGAGAAAGCGACAACAGAAUACGGACUCCAAGCAGUCGAAGAAAUACAAAGAAUUCAAGUUCUAAUAGUGAUAAUAGACAUAUUACAUUAAUUUAUAUUAUAAGUGUAUUGUAUCUAUGUUAGGAUACUCUUGGGUGGUUUAUCCAGGGCUGGUAGUCUCGACAUUGAUAACAUCAUAAUUUUGUCGCUAACGGCUGAAAUUAAUUACCGAUUUUAAUUAUUUAAAAAGGUUAUUAUUUUAGGCUGGUAGUUGUUUAAAAGUUUAUCAAUUUUAAACAUUCGCCUUAGUUGAAAAUCUAAGUGAAAUUUACAAGUUAGCGACCCUCUUCUGUCGUUGUGGAGACUUCGCAAGCCUAUAAUAUGAUAUAGCAUUGAGGUUAUCAAUUCAUGUGUGACAAUUACAACUAAUUCAAUAAAGAAUUACUUCAAUGAU